AUGUCGGAAAAGGCUCAGCUAAAAGUGGAAGAGGCACGCAUGGAAGCUGCUGUAGCCACAUUGAAGCAAGAAGAAGAAGUUGUAGCCGCAUUAGCUGAGGCAGAGAUUUUGGAAUCCGCUGCAGCAGAAUUGGAAUCUAAAGCAGACUCCAAGAAAUUGGAUAUUGCAGAAGUCCCACACGACUCCGGUGAGAAAAGAAUAAAUGACGAUGUGGAGAUGGAUUUGCAACCUCCUCUGGCAUGCAUCAUGGAAAUCAGCCAGCUACCCAAUACCCAAUAUAAUGCUCCAGCCACAUCUUUUCUCAACUAUGACGGGACCUCUACCUCUUACCCCUUCUCCUUGGAUGCAACAGGCCACACAAUCGUCAGCUCCUACCCAUACAAGUCUGGGCUUAAAAUGUCUUGGACAUGUGUGGAAGAGUACUACGGGUCACCUGAAGUUAUCAAGGAGAAACUUGAAGAUUUCCCAGGAUCACAGCGAAGAAAAAAGAUGGAUUCAGAAAGAAUCUCUUGUUCCAUCUGUCUGGAUCUACUGAAGGAUCCGGUGACUACUUCCUGUGGACACAGCUACUGUAUGAACUGUAUUGAAACCCACUGGAAUGAAGAGGAUCAGAAAGGAAUCCACAGCUGUCCUCAGUGCAGGAGAAUGUUCAUACCGAGGCCUGUCCUGGAGAAAAACAUCCUGUUAGCAGAGUUAGUGGAGGAGCUGAAGAAGACUGGACUCCGAGCUGCUCCAGCUGAUCACUGCUAUGCUGGACCUGAAGAUGUGGCCUGUGAUGUCUGUACUGGGAGGAAGCUGAAAGCCAUCAAGUCCUGUCUGGUCUGUCGAGCCUCUUACUGUGAGAAACACCUCCAACCUCAUUAUGAAGCUCCACCAUUACAGAAACACAAGCUCGUGGAGCCCUCCAAGAAUCUCCAGCAGCUCAUCUGUUCUCGUCAUGAUGAGGUGAUGAAGAUUUUCUGUCGUACUGAUCAGCAAAGUAUCUGUUAUCUCUGCUUAAUGGAUGAACAUAAAGGUCAUGAAACAGUUCCAGCUGCAGCAGAAAGAGCUGAGAAGCAGAAGGAGCUGGAGGUGAGUCGACAACAAAUCCAGCAGAGAAUCCAGGACGGAGAGAAAGAUGUGAAGCUGCUUCAACAGGAGGUGGAGGCCAUCAAUGGCUCCGCUGAUAAAGCAGUGGAGGACAGUGAGAAGAUCUUCACUGAGCUGAUCCGUCUCAUCCAGAAAAGAAGCUCUGAUGUGAAGCAGCAGAUCAGAUCCCAGCAGGAAGCUGAAGUGAGUCGAGUCAAAGAGCUUCAGGAGAAGCUGGAGCAGGAGAUCACUGAGCUGAAGAGGAAAGACGGCGAGCUGGAGCAGCUCUCACACACAGAGGAUCACAACCAGUUUCUACACAACUACCCCUCACUGUCAGCACUCAGUGAGUCUACACACUCAUCCAGCAUCAAUAUUCGUCCUCUCAGAUACUUUGAGGAUGUGACAGCAGCUGUGUCAGAGACCAGAGAUAAACUACAGGACAUCCUGACAGAGAAAUGGACAAAUGUCUCACUGGCAGUCACUGAUGUGGACGUUUUACUGUCUGAACCAGAACCAAAGAGUAGAGAUGGAUUCCUACAAUAUUCAACAGAAAUCACACUGGAUCCAAACACAGCAAACACACAUCUGUUAUUAUCGGAGGGAAACAGGAACGUAACAGUUAUGAAACAACAUCAGUUUUAUUCUAGUCAUUCAGAGAGAUUUACUCAUUGGCAUCAGGUCCUGAGCAGAGAGAGUCUGACUGGACGUUGUUACUGGGAGGUGGAGUGGAGAGGAGAAGGAGUCUAUGUAGCAGUCGCCUACAAGAACAUCAGCAGGGCAGGAGAUUCCUAUGAAUGUGUUCUUGGAUUGAGCAACAAAUCUUGGUCAUUACGUUGUGAAAGAAACAGUUACACAUUUUGGCACAACAAAGUCAAAACUCCGCUCUCAGGUCCUCCUUCCUCUAGAAUAGGAGUGUAUCUGGACCACAGAGCAGGUAUUCUGUCUUUCUACAGCGUCUCUGAAACCAUGACUCUCCUCCACAGAGUCCAGACCACAUUCACUCAGCCGCUCUAUGCUGGACUCUGGUUAGGAUUAGAAUCCACUGCUGAGUUCAUUAAAUAGAGAAACUACUGCAGCUUCAGGCAGGUUGUGUUUAGUCAUGGUGGAUUUUCUUCUGUUUUCUUUAAUUUUCUUCAGAGAGCCGUAACAUUUUAAAUAUUGUAAAGUUUAUUAAAUGCCUGAAACCCAAACUCACAAACAGAAGCAAUCUGCAUAUUAACUUUUAACACCAAGAAACGUGUAGAGUUGAAAGGAAAACAGAAUUUAGUCAAACUUUCAAAAAUGUUUCUAAUGAACUUCAUGUCAAACCCAAAAGUUAAAAACAAAGAGUUAAAAUAAAGAACUGGCCUCCAGUAACUUUGGGGUGGACUGAAUGUUCAGAUAAAAUACAUCUUGCUUCAUUAAAAUGUCAAAGAAUUACAGUUUCAUCAAUUA